UCCUACACACAUUGCCCCCACACUUUCUUCCACACUACACACUUUCUUACCGUUCAUUUUCGGUUUUUGUUCUUACAUAUAUUCCAUCAUGAGUGUGACCAGUCAAGACAAAGGGCAGGCCUCGGAAAUAGCUGCUUCUCGUAAUGUUUUUGAAGAGGUGCUAGUCGAGAAUCCCGAAGGCUCGGAUGAGUUAUCCGUCGUAGCCGCGGAGAGCGCCUUCGAGGAUUCUAUAGUGGAGAUGGAGACCAAAUCCGAGCCAGAGAAACCCACCAGCUCCCAAAAGGAACUUCAAGAGAAGCCCAAACCGAGUGCAACACCAAAAACCAAGCCUGGAAAAGAGUUGCCGGGUAAGAAGGACACCAAAAAAUCACCCAGAAGUGCGAUUACGCCACCAAAGACGCCAAGGUCGCCCUCGAAGAAGCCCCAAAAGUCUGCCCCGAAACCUAAAGCUAAGAAGCCAGAGACGCCCAAGAAGAAAGAACCCAAACGGAGGACAUCCCCAAAAAGCCGCCACGACUCUAUGAAGGAAAAAGCUGCAUCGGAACGUUCUAUCCUUCAGCCAAUGCGCUCUUCGUCCAUUACAUCCAAACUUUCAGUAUCGUCACGGUCUUCCCGAAAGUUCAGCAAGAGAGUAAACGAAUCCGGAGCAACGUUGAGACCCGCACAGAGUUUUAAAAUAAUCCAAUUGAAGCCUAAACCCAGUCCACCGGUUGCCGUAGCACAAGUAAAGUCGGAAGAGCUUAUACAGGAUGAGGUAGUGGAAUCAUCCGACAAUUUGGACAAUUUGGACAAUUUAGACCAUUUAGACACAACCCAAACGAAUGUUGUCGAAACGGAGGUAGUGGUGGGAAUGGACAUGGACCAGAGGCUUGCCUUUCUGCAGGGCCUAAAGGAACUGCCUGACAUACAGGACCUAUCAGAGACCACCACCAUUGAAGAAUCGAUUCCGGACGAAGAGGAAGGCGCGGAAGAGUCGCAAGGACCACAAACUGCUGCACGCGUGGACACUGGACGCUUUGUGGAGGCCUUCGCAAGCAGUGAGCACUUCGACUCGGACCCCUCUCUGGGACAGUCUCAACCCAGGCACGAAUACGAGAGCCAAGACAGAACGGACACAACAUCCACUGAUAGUUCGGAAAUAUCGCUAGAUGGUCUUUACGAAAGCGAUGACGACUAUCCAGAGCCUCUGUGGACGGAAGAUACGGGGAUUGAUAUUUAUAAAAGCAUGGCGAGCAUUGUACAAAUGGACGAGAUAGUCGACACUGUGGUUGAAAUCGGAGACGAUCUCUACGAAGUCCAGCAUCAGGCCAAUGCCGCGGCUUGUGACCAGUUGCUUAAUCAGCUGAUCGACAAGGCCGUGGACUAUGCCGAAAGUGACUACGUUCGCAUGACGCGAAUCCUGGACAAGGAUAAAAUGAUGAAGCAGCUCUAUAAGCUAAUCGUGGUCUACAAGACUCAGAGUUAUCGCAACGCGGGGCUCGAUAGUCUUGUCUCUGAAUUUUACCUAAGAAAGAAAUGCAUGAGCUUCAUCACCAAAAAGAGUGCGUCAGACGCCUUCAGCAAGACACGAUACCAGCACGCCCUCCUCGAGCUGGACAACCUUCUGAAGGUGGAGCUCCACACAGAGAAGAUGAGGAAGGCGAUUUUAAGUAGAUUGCACGACGAGGUCGAGGUCGCUAGAAUCGAGGCCGACGAGAAGGUGCGCAACUUUGAGGAAAAUGUCAGGAAGAAUUUAUGCUUCAGGGAUGGGUUCGAUCAUCUCAAGAAACUGGUUGGGGAUGUCCUGCUACGCAUCUCAACGUUUCGCGACGAUGUGGACGAGGUCAGAGAAGGUCUAUUGCUUGCCCAGCACACGCACGCAUCACUAAAGAUUGAAUUGGAAAAAAUGGAAACCCUGGACGAUGGCCUCAAAAUUCACGAGUAUCUGUCCAACCAGGCCACCAACCAAAGCUUGAACAUCAAAAUACAAGAACGUAGUGCGGAACUCAAGCGAUUGUACAGACGCAUCACCUACGACAUCCAUGGCCUGGCCCAUUGGAAGAACAAAGAGCUGAUGAACCAAAAUAUACUCUCACGCAUGAAACUUAAACUCGAACGAGGGAUACAAAUGAGAGAGGACCUCCGGUUGAACAUCUACAAGAGCAAGAUCCGGCACAAUAACCUGAUAAAGGAAAAGGAGAACAUCCGCACCGCCGGCCGCCUCAUGCACUAUCCCGUCCUCAUGAGGGACUAUGACGUGACCGUCGAGCAGGUGGAGGCGAAGCGGGAUGUGAUCAAGAAACUGCGCUUAGAACAUGACCGCUUGGAGCGCAGGGUUCAACAGGUAUCGAAUGACAUAACCGAGCAGCAAGCGAAGCUACGAAAUAUCCGUUCUCUGACCUUAUUGAAGUGAUUCAAGAGGUAAUGGCAUACCAUGGAAUAUACUACAAAUACGA